GAUUUUCUAUUUAUUGUGUAGAAUUCUCUGAACUAUAAAUAAGACAAAUUUAUCCCUUCAUCUGCGUCUUCUUCGUUUCUCCGCUCACAAGAAGCUCCGGGCUAUACCUAGGAUCAAUUUUCGUUAAUCUCUCCUCGAAUUCUAAGAGGCUUUAGCAAGAUUCCACCGGUUUGUCGGACAAAUUUCUUGAAUCUCAGGUACCCAUUUCGAUUUCGGUUGAAAUUAGGUUUAUUUCUCUCCGGUUAGGGUUUGGGCGCCGUAGCUUGACAUGACGAUAUGUGGUGAGAGUGAGAUGUGUCUCACUGAAGACGAGCUGUCUUACCAGGAAAAGAAUCUUUGGAAUUCUUUUUGCUGCGAUGACGACGAUACAGGCGAUGCAGAGUAUGAAGAUGAUAUUUCCCGGUCGGUGAGAGAACUCGGGAGAAGGAUAUCGGAAGGAAUUCGCCUGCACGACGAUGGCGGGGAGCUUCAGUCUUUAUGGGUCGCUCUUGCAAAGCUGUAUGAGAACCAGAGAGACCUGGCCAAUGCAAGAAGGAUCUUCGAGAAGGCGGUCCGAGUGAAGUACAGAAACGUGGAUCAUCUGACCAGCGUAUGGUGCGAGUGGGCCGAGAUGGAGCUGAGGCACGAGAAUCCCCAAGAGGCGUUGGAUCUAAUGAGGCGGUGCACUUCCGCACAAGCCGCUGCCGAUGGGAGCGGACCGGCCCAGAUGAAUCUGCACAAAUCCCCGAGGCUCUGGGCGUUUUACGCCGACCUGGAGGAGAGUCUUGGAUCGCCGGAUUCGACAAGAGCGAUGUAUGAGAGGAUGUUGGAUUUAGGAACAGCCACGCCUCAGACCAUUCUGAAAUACGCUUCCCUCCUCGAGCAAAACGGCAGCUCCGAAGACGCGUUCAAGAUGUACGAAAGAGGUGUCGAGAUCUUCGAGUAUCCUCUCGUGAAUGACAUAUGGGCGGCAUACAUCGCCAAAUUUGUCGAGAGAUAUGGAGAAACCGAACUGGAACAUGCCCGCGCCAGUUGCAGUCAGAUUCCACCGGAGGAUAAGACGCAAGGGGACAAGAGGGUCGACGUGGAAGGCAUGGAGAUGUCCGAAGGAAAAGAUGAUCAGAAGAAAGUUCGGUCAGGCCUUGCUCGCAAGAGAGGAGGAGGAGACGGUGGCAAAACAGUGUACGGCCGAAUCAUAAAGAGACUGAGGCUAAGCUAUGCCUCUGAAUUGAUUGGAUCUAUUGCGGUUUUCGCUUAAGCUUAGCUUUGUCGCGGAAACUAUGAUUAAUGUAAUUAAUGAUGAUUAAUGAGUAUGAGAUUUUUAUUAGGCCACGAACAA